AUGUGUUCCGCAAUAGAUUGUCCUGCUAAUUUUGUGUUUGGGGAUUCUCUGCUUGAAGUUGGAAACAACAACCACAUUCCCUCACUCUCUAAAGCUGAUUAUCCUCCUAAUGGAAUCGAUUUCGGAAGGCCUAACGGGCGAUACACAAAUGGAAGAACCGUUAUUGACAUUAUAGGUCAGACUCUGGGUUUCAAGGAGUUCACUCCUCCUUACUUAGCUCCUACAACAGCUGGAUCAGUAAUUCUGAGGGGUGCCAACUAUGCUUCAGGUGGAGGUGGAAUUCUUAAUGAAACAGGAAAAAUAUAUGUUGGUCGAAUAAACAUGGAUGCACAGAUAGAUUAUUUUGCCAAUACCAGACAAGACAUUAUCUCAAGCAUUGGUCUUCCUGCAGCAGUAGAGCUACUUAGAAGAUCUCUCUUCUCGGUAGAAAUCGGCUCAAACGAUUUCCUCAGUAACUACUUGGUGCCGGUUAUAACUGAGGUUAAGAGGAAGUUGAUACCUCCGGAAACCUUUGUUGGCAUUUUGAUUGCAAGAUUCCGACUACAACUGACGAGACUGUAUAAAUUGGGUGCAAGGAAGAUGGUUGUGAUAAAUAUAGGACCUAUUGGGUGCAUACCAUUUGAGAGGGAAGUAAAUCUGGUAGCUGAUCCAGAUCUGUGUGCUGAAUUUCCAAAUCAAUUAGCUCGAUUAUUCAACGCCAAGCUAAGGACCCUUGUCACCGAGCUAAACAAGAAUCUUCCCGGGGCCAGAUUUGUGUAUGCAAAUGCUUAUAGUAUUGUGGAAGACAUAAUUGACAACUAUAUAUCAUAUGGUUUCGAGAAUAGAAACUCUGCGUGCUGCAGUACAGUAGGGCGCUACGGGGGUCUAAUCGCAUGCGGUCCUCAACCCACAAUGGUGUGCGAGGACCGAUCGAAGUAUGUGUUCUGGGAUCCUUACCAUCCUUCUGAUGCUUCAAACAUGAUCAUAGCAAGGCGUCUCUUGUAUGGGAACUCCAGUGAUAUUUCACCCAUGAAUGUAGUGCAACUCCUCCAAGCUUCUUGA